AGGACUUACAACAGAGGGAGGGCCAUGCUCUCAGUUAUAACCCUCGCUCUGCCUUCGCUGCUAAUCUCACUCGCAGGCCAUUGCUCUGUGCCCGCUGCUCUUCCCUUCUGUGCCUGCUGCUCCGUGUCCGCUGCUCCGCCAUGAGCCUUACGAUGAGGGUGCGCCCUCUGAAACCCGGCCCGCCACGGCCGAGAUCCAGGCGAUCGCGACAAGUACCAUCAGUGAACUGUCACCACGGGCAGUGCCUGGAGGCUGCCACAUGCCCAGUCCCAUCUCCUGCAUUUGGGUCUUCUCACCAUUCCUGCUUUCCUGCCUCCACUCCUGAAACAGGCCAAGAGGGAGGCCAUUCCUUCCCAGACUCCCGUGUGAAGUCCCAGCUGGAGGAGAAGGAAAACAAGAAGUACCCCACUUUCAAGGCCACGGAGUACAAGAGCCAGGUGGUCCAGGGGACUAACUACUUCAUCAAGGUUCAAGUUGCAGAUGAUGACUUCGUGCACCUUUGUGUGUUUCAAAGUCUCCCUCAGGAAAACAAGGCCUUGGCCUUGCACAAUUAUCAGACCAACAAGACCAAGCAGGAUGAGCUGGACUAUUUCUAGUUCUGGAUUUGAAGUGAACCUUCGCCAUGUGGUUCUCUGUCACGUGUUCGCGUGUCGGGGUCAGAAAUGAACGCCGUCUCUAUGCUGUGCCACUUUCGCUGGAGGGGCUGCUCUGCACCAAUCUGGUGUCUCUGCUUCUGACUUUAACAGCGUGAUUUUCCUCCCAACCAAUGAUCUUAACUAAAUUGCUUUCCAAGAGGGCUUAGAUGAUCCCUAAAUAAAUACAUUUUUAAGUUUUUACAAAUU